AUGGCAGAUGGAGGUCCGGCCAAGCACCUGGACCGAGCGCCGCCUGGCGGUGGCUGCCGGUACCUGCUCCGGGAGAGCCUUCCUCUGCGUGACACUGGGGCCCAGAUGGUCAGCAGAGGGGCGCGUCCCCGGCCCCAGGAGGCUCGGGUGUGGGGCAGAGGCCGCGGGCGCCAGGUGAUGGACGAGCUCCGCUCUCUGGCCAGCGGCGCCAGCUCCCUGUGCCCGGCUCUGCAGGAGGUGGGGCCCAGGCAUCCCGCCGGCGCCCCCAGUCCUGCCUGGCGGCGGGUCAUCCCCGGCUGCGCGCCGCCACCGCGCCUCGGCCCCGCUGCACCUCCCGGCCGUGCGCUCCCUGCUGAGAGACCUGCAGACCCAGGCCGGAGCCGCGCGGCCGGGGUCGCUGUCCAGAGCGCGGUGCUGAAGUCGCCGGAGCUGAGCGUGGCCGCCGCGCGCCGGUGGCUGUUUGGUGCCCACUCACCGCUGAUGGGACUGUCUCCCUCCUCCACUGUGGAGCUCCUGCCCAUUUUCCCCUAUGUCUGCCCGUCUGCUCUGCCACCCCCUGUUGGAAAAAGUUGGAUAGACAAAAGGAUACCUAAUUGUAAGAUCAUUUUUAAUAAUUCUUUUGCUCUGGACUCAACAUGGGUGCAUCCUGAGGAAUCCAGAUUGUUCCAUGGGCAUGAGAAGCCUCAUUUGCUGGCAAAUCAAGUAGCAGUGUCUCUGUCCAGGCCAGUUCCUGCCUCUAGGCCUCUUCCCACCGUGCUUUUCACUCCUCAGUCUAUUCCAGGUGGGGCCAAGUGGGGCCUCGUCCCUGUGAGCAGGGGGCCAUUCAGUGAGUUGUGCGCGGCGACCCGUGCGGCUCUGGGCCCUGCAGUGCUGAGUGUGAGCCCUGAGCAUUGGUGGGGACUGAGCCCUGGAGUCCUGCAAGGGUGCCAUAUUCUCACAGUCCCAUCCAUUAAAGUUCCCCUGAGGGCAGGGCCAUUCAGUGAUAAAAGCAGAGAGUGCAGCCGAGCCCCCGGCACCUGCACCCCGAGGCUGCCUGCGGAGAGGAAGAGCCGGCAGGGAGCCAAGGAGGACAAGGAACCACCACCUAUCCUAGUGAGAGGAGAAGAGAGCCUAGCUACGGGAAGCCGACCUGUGGCCUCUGCCCCAGUGCCCGGAUCUCCCUGGUGCGUGGUCUGGACAGGUGAUGACCGGGUCUUCUUCUUCAACCCAACAAUGCAGCUCUCUGUCUGGGAGAAGCCACUGGACCUGAAGAACCGUGGGGACCUCAACAGGAUCAUCGAAGACCCUCCCCACAAGCGGAAGCUGGAGGCAUCAGCAGCAGACCACAGCGACGGCUCCAGUUGUGAAGACGGCGGUGAGGACCAGACCGUGAAAACCAAGAGGAACCGGACUGAAGGCCAUGAGAGUUCAGAGCCAGAGGAAGUGGAGAGAGAGGACACAGCCGUGAAGACGCCUCCACCCCAGGUCCUCCUGCCCCUGGAAGAGCGGGUGACGCACUUCCGUGACAUGCUGUUGGAGAGAGGGGUAUCAGCAUUUUCUACCUGGGAGAAAGAAUUACACAAAAUUGUGUUUGAUCCACGCUAUCUCCUGCUAAACUCAGAGGAACGGAAACAGAUAUUUGAACAGUUUGUCAAGACAAGAAUAAAAGAAGAAUACAAGGAGAGGAAAAAUAAAUUGUUGGUAGCCAAAGAAGAAUUCAGAAAACUACUGGAGGAAUCAAAAGUGUCAGCCAGGACCACCUUCAAGGAGUUCGCUGAGAAGUAUGGCCGGGAUCAGAGGUUUCGACUUGUUCAAAAAAAGAAGGACCAGGAGCAUAUUUUUAACCAGUUCAUACAGAUUCUUAAGAAACGGGACAAGGAAAACAGACUAAGACUACGGAAAAUGAGAUGA